AUGGCCCAGCAGGGUCAGAGUGGAAGAAACCCAAGUGGUCCGCCAGGACCUCCUCCACCCCGUCCACCAAAAACGCCGACGGGCGCAUCGCCACGAGGAACGCCAACAACAGACUCGACUUCGGACGAUGUGACUCCGGCUCGUGGACCACCGCCACCGCCAGCGACCAAACGCGUUUCAAUAGGAGUGGGUUCCACGCGUUCUGCCCCACCACCAGCAACUGAUACUGCCAGUCCUCCUCCAACUGCCGAAAAACCGGUGAGAGACACCGGUCCAUCGACAUCGCCUAGGCCAAGUCUUCGAGAUCCUGGCCCAUCGACUUCUGAUAAGCCAUCGACAUCUGCACGGACACCUGUUCGGGAGCCGGGGCCAUCCUCAUCUCCCUCUCGUCCCGUUAGCACUCGUGAAUCUGGGCGUAUAACUUUCCAGGAAGCUGCCCCAUCGACGUCUGCAAAAGUGGUCAAGCUAGCUGCAUCCGAACCCAGACCCGCAAAGCCACCAGCAAAGGAGGGAUUUAGCUUGUUUAAAAGAAAGAAGAAAAACGUGGGCUCAAGUACGCCACCUUCACCAGUCCGUAGGCCUAGGGCUCCUUCGGUACUCGCGGCUUCAGCCCUGCAAAAUAGGGCCAAAACCAAUCGCAUCCUUUACACAACCGAUGAGGAGGUGCGCGAUGCACUCGUCGAGUUCUCUGUGUUCAUCAUUUUUCUGAUUCUAACAUCUCUGGUUGUUUUGUCCGUUCGGCAUACGUAUAUGUUUUAUUUCAAUGACACGAUGAAGAAACUAUUUACGAAUCGGGAAAUGGUAGUGGCUCCUUCGGUCACGGUUGGCUUUGAGAAGCUAAUCACCGUGCCGGAUUGGUGGGACUAUCUGAAAUAUAACUUUCUUGUAACACUCCACGGCGAUUUGACUUUUAUGGACGACGCCCACUUGAAUCACACGACAAUGUCACCAGAGGGUGGUGAACAAUCACCUGAAGAAGUCGUGGGUGAAGCUCCUGAAGGUUCCCCAGAUCUCGGCAGAUUGCAAGAGGGUUUCAAAUAUAAUGGAAAUCCGUACAUUGACCUCAGGCGGCAUGGAAGAGCUAAGCGACAAAUGGAUGGGUCCAACGAGGACGGUAGCGAAGAUGUAUCUGACAAUUAUCAAAAAGAUGAUUCGGAAAACAUUCAGCCCAAUAUGACCUUCCAUCAUCUGGAGGGCCGCGUAUUUCUCUAUGAAAACCUUCUCUUGGGACCGCCACGUCUCCGGCAGAUACGAGUGCGAAAGGAAAGCUGCUACGUGAACGACGCCUUCAUCCGGUACUUCAACACCUGCUAUGCUGCGUAUUCCUCCGGAGCGGAGGACCGAAAGGCGAUGCACAAAGGUUCACCGUUCCGAACGAUGAACGAUCUGGAUUCCACGCCCAUUUGGACGGUGCUGGCCUUCUACCGCACCGGAGGAUACACGGUGAACUUGGACUAUGACAAGGAUACGAACGUGAAGAUCAUCAACGAUCUGAAGGAUAGUCACUGGCUGGAUCGGGGUUCGCGUCUGUGUUUGGUUGAGUUUAAUUUGUUUAACGAGAACACAGACAUCUUUCAAAGCAUUAAAUUGAUAGCGGAGAUUCCACCCACGGGCGGUGUGAUACCACAAGCCCAUCUUCAAACGGUCAAGAUGUAUUCCUUUUUUACGGACCGCAGCAUGCUCAUGACAGUUAUCUACAUUUUCUGGUAUAUAAUGGUUAUCUACUACACUAUCUAUGAAAUCACGGAAAUUCGAAAAUCUGGACUUAAAAUUUACUUCUUUUCAAUGCUGAACAUUCUGGACUGCGCUAUAUUACUGGGUUGUUACCUCGCUUUAGUGUACAACAUUUGGCACAGUUUUAAAGUGAUGUCCCUCACUGCCAGAGCCCAUACAGAUGUGACCUACCAAAGUCUGGAUGUUCUAUGUUUCUGGAAUAUUAUUUAUGUCGAUAUGAUGGCCAUUCUGGCCUUCCUUGUGUGGAUUAAAAUAUUCAAAUUCAUCAGCUUCAACAAGACCCUGGUGCAGUUCACAACAACACUGAAAAGGUGCUCCAAAGACUUGGCUGGCUUUAGUUUAAUGUUUGGCAUUGUCUUUCUGGCCUAUGCCCAAUUGGGACUUCUUUUAUUUGGCACUAAGCACCCAGACUUCCGUAACUUUAUUACCUCGAUUUUGACCAUGAUUCGGAUGAUCCUUGGCGACUUUCAGUACAACCUCAUUGAGCAAGCGAAUCGAGUGCUGGGUCCCAUUUAUUUCCUUACCUACAUCCUACUUGUGUUCUUCAUUCUAUUGAACAUGUUCCUGGCCAUUAUCAUGGAAACCUACAAUACGGUGAAGGGUGAGAUCACCCAAGGACGCAGUCACUUGGGAUCGUACAUCUACAGGAAACUGUCGGGCAUGCUCUACUGGGUCACCCAUUGUGGGCGGAAGAGACGCCCCCAACCGCAAGCGUCUGAAACCGAAGACAAGGAUGCGGAACAUGAUGUUGGCGCCGCGCAGGAUGAAACCCACGAAAUGCGAAAGAACAUGACACCAGCAGAGCAACAGUACUUUAAGGAUAUUCCACAAGGAGAUAACCAGGAGAUGGUUCGUCUCAAUAACCGUGUGGGCCUCCUUGAGGAAAUUCUGGAAAAGUUGAUCAACAACAUGGAUGAUAUUCUGAAACGCAUCGAGAAAGAUCACCAUAACAAAAAAAAAUAGGAAUGCCUAAUUUUUCUACAUUCGUUAUGUUAUAAAACUUAACCAACCUUUUAUACACACAUUUCACCUGGCAAACAAUCAAAUAAGCGAAAAUUAAUUAACUCCAGCAACCGAGAACUAAAGCAAACCCGACAAAGCCACAAGAACCGAGCGCUAAUCUCUGCCAAAUCCGUGACUGCUUUGUACCCUUAACCCCUUGUUGCCCACGUUCCAACAACGCACACCCGUUGAUUUCAACAUUUGCCAACAAGAGCGUUAUGAAAUUAAAACAAACGAGGAGGCGUCGAGCCAUGAGUUAAACAGUUCGCUGAAACCGAUCUUUACAACAAAAUAUUAAUUUCAUAAUAAUUUUAAAGAAUUUAACUGUAUUUCUUUAAAAUAUUAUUGUUGCUUAUUAAAGAAUUUCGACAAAACUUGUAAAUCAUGAGUGCUACAUAGAACCAGCACCAGAUUUAUCAUAGAUGCACUCAUGUAAAAUAUUUAAAUAUAAAAUGUGAAAAUGUGUUUA